GGCCAUAUAGUUUCACGAUCGUACUGGUACAAGGUUUCUUUCACAAGAACAAUACCGAAAGAACAGUCAGCGAGGUAUUUUUGCUUGGGACAAAAGAAGACAUUCAAUAGCUUUCAAAUACUUUUAGAGCAAGGGACAUUAGCGAAUUCGUGAUCGAAUUAUACAUCAGCUAUUAUCAGUCGGCGAAACAGUGGGCGUUAAGGAUGCAUCGUUCAUACCAGCCUAUUUUACCUAGCCACAAUAAGUUGCUGCAACAGCGAUGGGACUCAACUAACUACAAUGACCACAGGAGAAGGGUACGAUCAGCGAAAUCCAUGGUCGACACCCGAGCACCACAAACGUAUGUCCACAUGCAUUUAAAGCUGAAGAAGUUGCAGCUUGAAGAAGAAAAAAUGAGCACGAUCGAGAGAGACAACCGAAUCCUCCUCGAAAAGAUGAGCUUAGUGAUGCGGACGAGGGGUCGAGUGGAUAAUAAAAAUGAUUAUGAAUACAGAAGUUUAAACAGAGAAAAACGUCAGAAGGAAUUGCUUCGAGUGACUCGUGAGAACCAGCAUAUAUUGGCACGGAUUACAAUGAGAGAGCCCGAUUAUAGUCACCGCAAGUGGGAGCAAGAGUGGCAGCAAGCAGAGAAACUUAUGAAUAACAUCGGUCGCUACCCACAGAACUGGUGGAAAGUUGUGGAAAAACAGCGUAAGAAGAAACAAAAGCGAGAGUCUAAAAGCGCUCCUACCGAGGCUACUUCUAGUGAUGAAAAGACGAUUGAGAAAUCUACGGAAGACCCAGUUGCAAAAGCUGUGUCCGAAAAAACAGCUGAAGAAACGGCGUAAAUUGAACAGCGAAUCUUAGACACUACAUUAAACAGUUAAACUAGUGUUUAUUUUACUUCAGUGUACAUUUAUCAUGUUUAUCAAUUUGCGGGCAUUGCCCUGCUUUGCACCGACUAGCACUUUUAAAAGCACCGUGUGAUUGCAAUACAGUUUAAGUGUAGACGUUGGCACUGCGCAUGUUGGCUUCCUGCCCAUAUAUUCCACAUAUACAACCUCAUUAAAGGGUAUAUGCGUGCUGUAUAAGCUUCAUUUAACUUUUUAUAAUAAAGCAAAAACGGGUAUUUAAUUUACUGUCAGUAUACUCACAGUUCAGAUUUCAUGUUAUUUUACCGCGUAUAACAUUUUAUACACUUACUAUCUGUUCAUAUACGUAUGUGUAUUACAUAAACUCUAUCAUUACAAAAGCACCUGCAAAACAUCUAAGUGGAUAACUAGUUGACAACCUCUUACUAUUAACAUUGCUGAACGCCACACUAAAUACAACAUAAUUUACCUGU